CAUGUUCGUUCAACAAAACUGGUUUGGUACAACUUAAACGGAAUAAUUAUCUGCUGCAGAAGGGAAAAGGAUAUAGAUCUGGUGUGGUCCAUCUGGCUGUAUGUAUAUAACCUGGUAAAAUCGUUCUUAGGGCCAUCAAGAAGGAUAAAGUGUGUUGAAGAUGAAGUCGGCAGUCAAUAUUUCAGAUAUGCAUCACUUCUUCUUGAACAUCUUGAUGUUGAGCACCCAGUAUAUCAGUAUAUAAUCAGUGUAUCCCAGGAGUUUAGGAAACGAUUUGGCGCCAGAGCAGCUGACGAUCUUCUGUACUAUAUCCAUUCCUGGUCCAGGCUUGCAACAUACUUGAAUGAAAUGGGGAUUCCAAUGGCUAAUGUUACUUACCAUAUGAAAGCAGUUAUAAAUGAAUGUAUUCAACACAUUGAGACUCGAAAGAUUAGAGUUUCUGAAGCAAGACAAAAAAUUGUCGCAGACAGAGACAAGAUACCUAAUUUUGAUGAUGUCGGUGCUUAUCAUGAAGAUAAGGGCAUUAGUAUUUUGAACAAUUUGCAGAAAAAUGAGGAUGUUAAGAAAGGUCCUACUGCGGAACAUUUAAGUGAUCCAGAGUGUAAUCCAAAAGUUGAUUCAGUUGCAAUUAAGAUAGAUAAUGCUAAUGAUAAUGUAGUAGAAAAUGACUCAAAAGUUCUACAUCAUAUACAAGAAAUGAUUGUUGGCCACGAGACGUGUAAUGAUAAAGAAAACUUUAAUAAGAUUUGUACAAACAAAUCAGCUAGCUAUCUGAAUGAAGAUGGUGUAGAGUUUAUUCAUUUAGAAAUGAAAAACAAUGAAUUAGAAAAAGAAGAACUUGAUGAUACAUCUGGGUUUUUUGAUGAUGUUGAAGCUAUGAAAGGAGAUUGUACUGAAAAGUUUGAAAAUUUAAAAGGUGAUCAAAGUGAAAGUACUGAAGAUGACAGAAACAAAACAGAUCAAAGUGGUGUCUUUGAUGAGGCUGUAGAAGAUGAAGAGAAUUCUAAUGAUUCUGGGGCAAUUAUUACAGAUAUAGAAAAUCUGAAGAGGGACAUAGAAAAUGACUUGAAAAUGUUAAAGGACAAGAAAGAAAGGCAGAAACAGGUUAAUAUAUAUAAACACAAUGCUAGUAGUACACAAAAUAUGGAUCAAGAACAUGCAGAUAUUGAUGAAGAAUUUGAUAGUUGCUUUGAUGACUCUGAUUCUGAAUUCAGUGAUUGUUUUGAAGAAAAUCAUUAUGAUAAAAGGACAACUUAUGAAAAAGAAGAUAAUAGGGAAAGCAAAAAUAUUGCGGGGGAUGAGGAGUUUGAAACAGUAGAAUUUAUAAUUACUAACUCAAACGUGAAAGAAAAUAUGAAAAGGAAAAUAAAUGAUUCAACUCUCAAACCAUCUCAUGACAGACCACCUAAGAAUUUAUUAGACAGUUUAAAUUCUAAAGCUGAUGCUGCCAAGGCAAAUCAAGGUUCUUUUGAUAUAAACAUUCAGAAGUGUCAUAAAGAAUAUUGUAAGACAAAGGAAGUUUUAGGCAUUGCUGUUAAUCAUGAGGCGUUGAGAAAAGUAGAUCAGAUAUUGAAAAAAAAUGUUGAGUUAAACAAUAUUGAGAAAAAGACACAGGAACUCAGUAAUGUGUCACAAAAUCAAAUGAAAGCAGUUAUUGGUAAAGAAAAUUUGAAAAUUAGUAGUCAUGAUAAACCUGUCAAGUCAGAUUGUAUUGAGGGACAGAGGAGUGGACAUGGUUCACUUCAAGGAGGACAGAUACAACAGAUAAAUGCUUUACUUGGUUCACUUGGAAAAACAACUAGUACAGCACCAAGUAAAACAAAUGUUUCUGCGUUAAAAUUUCGUAGCAGACAUUUCCGGGAAGAAGAGUCUGAACCAUCAGGUGGAAGUGAUAAAUAUAUACCAAAUAUUGACCAUGUAGAGCAUAGUAUUAGAAAUGUUAUCAAUCGUAAUGAAGAUGCAAACAAUUUUAUAGUUAAAGAAAACAAUGUAAUUGAUGAAAUCUCUCCAUACUUUGAACAAAGUUCUGGUGCUCAGCAAGAUAUUCAAAAUUCAUUGCACACAGCUGCUUUAGUGUCUGAGAGAAAGUUGAAUGUUACUGCAGGAAAACCACCUGAAAUUCUGAAUUUGGACAGCUUGAACUGUAUGUUAAAAGACAUAAACAAUAUAUCCAAUAGAAAUAUGGAUAGUAGGACUGAAAACUUACAAACAGCAGCCUGUCAUUCUAAAGGCAGAGACACUGAUUUUAGAGAAAUAUCUGAAAAUGGUUCAGGCAGUUCAUCCAAGCCCGAUAUGGAAAUAAGAAUUGUAAAGACGAAAGUUGAUCAUUGUAUGCCUGAAAACAUGUCCAGUUUGAAGGGCACAAAGCCAGUAAGUGUAAAACAUUCAAGUGUAUUUCUAAGAAGUAGACAUAUGAAUACAGAAGCAGAGUUAAAUGAGAAAAGCGAAGUUUUAGAAAAUUUCAGCAGAAUAAAUCCUCUAGAUCAAGAAAUUUCAUUUACUGUGAAAGCAAAACAUAUUGAUGAUUGUAAGUGUACUGGAGAACAGGUGUGUGAAAAUAAAAGUCAGUUUGAAGACAUGAAAGAAGAAAUGAAACAUUUGGUUUGGGGUGUGAACUAUGAUGGAGAUGACGAUAUAAGCAGAGCUGUGUGUGAUAUUGUACUGAAACAGAGCAAAGAUGGAAACCCAAGGCUGAAUACCAACCUAGUAGACUGCUAUACCAGAGCUGGUGCACACACUGCCUCUCUAGAGGUUAUUGAUGGAGUUGUUGUACAAACAUCUAUAGAGACAAUGAUGACACUACAGAAAAUCCAUGGAAAACACUGUAGAGCAUUGCUGGUUAAUGCAGACCUAACAAUGACGUUCAGACAUAAAGGUUAUAAACCAGUGAAAGUAAAAGAAUUUUCUUCCCUGGAGAGGUUUUCCUGUGGUAAAUCUAAACUUGAUAGUUGGCAAACAGAUAUCAUUGAUGUCUUGAAAAUGCUUUUUAUUGAUGUGCUACUUGUAAAGGGCAACAUAUCAGAUGAUGUAGUAAGUAUCUGUGAACAACUUGACAUAGUUGCCAUGGAUACCAUUCCCUAUAAACAACUAGUUCAACUCAGUGAGGCCAUGGAAGUUGAUAUGGUAACCUAUGUUACCUUGGCAACGGAGGAUAAUGUAUGUACAGGGAUCUCUAUUUCACCCCUGCAGCAGAACUGGUGUAACAAAGUGGAUAGAAGUUGGUAUAGUAAAGUGGACACUGUUAUUUCACUUGCUGAAAGCAAUCCUCAGACUGUGAUAUUAUAUGGUGUCUCACCUGUGUUGAUAGACUUGAAGGAGCAAGAACUUUGGGAAUGCCUACUUCACGUUUCCUCUGUGUUGCAUCAUGGGUAUUUGGUGUUAGGUGCUGGACAGACUGAAGAGGAUUGUGUCGGGUUUCUAAGUGAUAAAUUGGAAAGUAUAAGAAGAGACCAAAAGUCAGUGACCAGUCACAACAUGCAGUAUAAGCAAGUUGUGCUUGAUUCAAUGAUACCAUCGUUCCAAGAUUAUUCAAGGUUAUUCAGAGACAGUUCCCUUGAAGCAGGAUAUGCCCUGGAGGGUUUUAAGGCUAAAGUAAAGACAUGGAAACUUGCUAUAGAUACUGUGACUACAAUUACCAAUAUUGAUAGUUAUAUUGUAACUGGUAUCACAGAGGAAGAUACAGACCAAAGAACAUUGUAAAAUGAUAGAACGACUGGCACCACAGAAAAAAUAUUAACUGGAGUGAUAGACACCAGCUGUAACUUAUCACAGCAGUCAAGAUUCACAGAAAAUAUCACAGUGGCAAGUCCUUACUGUGAUAAUACAUUGUACAGGUGUAUAUCAGUUAUUAUUUCAAUAUGGAAAAUAAAAACAAAAUGUUAAAAGAAAUUACAAUAAAAAGAAAUAAUCUGGUUAAAAAGAAAAUAGAAAGAAUUCGCACACAUGAUUUAAGGUAACCAUGCAUGUGUGUCCUAACCUCACCCCAAAACGAAAGUUACAUACCAGUUGAAGACCAGGAGUCUUCUUAGACAGUGUGGUUGUUAAUAUCCCCAGUUACAUUCAUGUCUACCCAAAAGUAAAGAAAAGUCUAUAAUUUUCCUAUUGCAUCCACUGUUUUCUGCAUAUUAAACCAUGAAUAUUUAUUUGAUUGCUUACAAAAUGUGCUGUAUGUGAUAUGUUUGAAUUUGAUAUUUUGCAUAUUGUAUAAUACCUAUAUUUGAUAUAUGUGUUAUUUACUUAAAUAAUCUAACUUUGAUACUGAAAUGAAAUACAAUGAAUUUAAAGGAGUUCAUCACAAUAUUUUGUGCGCAGCUCAAUCGCGCAGCAAGCGAUAACCACUGUAAAGUUCAGGAUUCGCCGCCGAAAGUGCAUGUCGGAUAUGCAGCGCACUAGCGCCAAAAAUAUUGUAUGUACUGACAAUAUAGGUCGUGCAUCCAUAUUUUACCUUUAAAAGUAAUGGUGUUUUAUUGGAGGAGUAGUCGUAGGAAGUGCUCGAAUCGAAUACAUUGUGGACAGCCAAUUUGAAAGUAAUCUAUUUCGUCCAGUAAUGAUGCAGCUGGCUCCAAGUCAAAUAAAAUUCCAGAAAAUCUUAACGUAGAUCUAUCUCCUUCAAGUUCAGAUGUGACUUCCUAAAAAUGUUGUUAUACUUUUUGUGCCCCAUCCCGCAUUUUACAUAGUAAGACCAGAGUUAUGGCCCUUGACAGUCAAAUUGUACUUAAAGGGUCUAAACAUUUGUGUCUCAUGUACCUCAAAAGUAUAUGCGCCAAGAGUUAUGAAACCACACAAGAAUUAAAUUCAGCAUGCGAAGUUGUGCACCAGUGCUUUUAUUUGUGGUUUCACUCAGUAAAACACAGAUUUAUGUCCCUUGACGUGGUCAAAUAUAUACGUAAAUGGCAUGUGAAAGCUUGUGUAGCACGUAUCUCAAAAAGUAUUUGACCUAGAGGCAUGCAACCUUAAAGGAGCAUUAUUUCGCAUGUGAGUAAGAAAAUUGGUUAAGAAACUGAUAAUAACAUUGUGCAAUUUGUUUUGUAAGAAAAAAAAUGUUCAUAAUUUUUAGGUGGGUGGGGUAAUGAAAAAAUACUUUUGUGGGUGGAGUGAAUAUUUUUUAAUUUUUCUUGAAAACAAGCACUGGUUGAUAUUAUUUUUUUGGUUUAAUUUUUUUUUGUCUUAGUUCUAGCUUACAUAAUAUAAAAUUUGGUAAAAUUCUGUCCGCUAGAUUUUUCAUAUCAUUAAGAAAUACUUCGUGUUUUUCUCAGUUUCAGAUACUUUCGACAUCUGUCAAGAGUAAUGUUUCUGAGUUAAUAAAUCUAUAUGUUGACAUUUUAUGCAUAGUUAUACUGGUUUCAUUAAUUGUGAUGCAUAAACAGACACAUCAGAGUGAAACUUUGAAUAAAUAGUUGUUUGCAGUAGUUUUAUUAUGACAUGUAUGUAUUGUUUCUUGAGACAAAAAUACCUAUUUGGUGUUCUUAAUAAACUUUGAAUAUCGAAAAAAGAAGCACGGGUACCUAUCAUUUUUAUUUUUUAUUUAAUCUUGUCAUACAUCAAUCUAUGAAUAUGCAAAAUUACAAAAAAUUCUGUCCGCUAGAAAUAAUUGUGAAAAACAUCUUUAAAUCACAUGUUGCUGCUUUGUGUCCAUUUACCAUCCUUAUCAAGCAUUGGUAAUUUCAAUAUGAAUAAUCUAUUUAUUAUAUAGAAUGUUCUAUUUCUUGUUCUUUUGAUCAAGGACUGAAAAUGACGAGUGCUGAUUUCAUACAACAAUAAUUAAUAGUACACACCUGAUAGCGGGAAUAUAUAUCCAAAGAGCUGUAAGACAUAAUCAGAGCCAAAGAGCUAU